UAUCUAUCUGGCAAUCUCCCUCCUCCCUUCCGACAACGACACGAACACAGAGAGAGACAAAACACAAGGAGAUCGAUCGGAAGCGCGGGAAGAAGACGGAGGAGGAGGAUCUCAAUGUUGAAAGAGGAAUACUUGGAUCUGGUUCUGGUUCCUUUGGGGCUGGUGAUAAUGGCGGCUUAUCACGCGUGGCUCGUCUCCGCCGUAUUUCGCCGUCCGAAGCUCACCGUCAUCGCCCUCAACGCCGAGUCUCGCCGCCAAUGGGUAUUCUCCAUGAUGACCGAUCCGCUGAAGAAUGGUACAUUGGCCGUCCAGACAAUCCGAAACAACAUAAUGGCGUCGACCCUUUUGGCCACGACAGCAAUCACUCUCUGUUCGAUCAUCGGAGUCUUCGUCAGCAACUCCUCGGGUGCAAAAUCCUCAGCCUCGAGUAUCGUGUACGGCAACAAAAGCCAGGUCCUCACAUCGAUCAAGAACUUCACAAUCCUGGUCUGUUUCCUCGUGGCCUUUCUCUGCAACGUCCAAUCCAUCAGGUACUACGCACACGUAAGCUUCUUGGUGACAGUUCCCGUCUCGAGGGGCAAGAAAGAACACUGUGAGUACGUUGCCAGAAACUUGAACAGGGGAAGUUAUUUCUGGUCGGUGGGGUUACGUGCUUUCUAUAUAUCGUUCCCGCUCUUUCUCUGGACCUUUGGACCAAUCCCCAUGUUCUUGUGCUGUUGUCUCAUGUCCUCUGUUCUCUAUUUUCUCGACACGACCACGAGCUUCACUCGGCUUCUCCAUAGCCAAUCGUUCAGAGAAGAUUCUGAGUCGAUGGGCGGUGAAAUCGAAUCUGCGGUUCAUUCUCUGUAAGAUGAUUCUUCUUCUCUCUUCUCCGUGUUUAUGGAGUUUUAUGGAUGAGCGAUCGAAUUAUAUAUGUGUAAGAUGAAUCUGUGUUUGAUGAGUGAGAGUUCGUUAAGUGGGGUUUUUGUUCUUACACCGAUUACCGUGGUGUUAACCGAAGUUAACCGGUUUUGUGAAUUGACAAAACCAACCGGUUAAUCUGUAAGGUUGGUUUUUACCGUUAUAAUGAUAUAUAUAUUUUUUUA